GCUAGGGACUUGGAAAGAGGCUGCGAGGCGGAGCUGGCAUCCAGGAUGGCGGAAAACAAGAACGCGCUCCAGUACCGGCGCUCGCUGACGGUCGAGCCCAAGGCCAGCACCCAGUUCAACCAGUUCCUCCCCGGCAAGGACAAGUCACUGGGCUACGUUCCGGCACCACUGAGAAAGAAACGCAUUGAGCAAAAUGAAGAGAACCGGAGGAGUUGGGGCAAUGCUUUGGAUUCCGAAGAGGAGAAGCCAUUCUCCAGGAGCAAGUCCUUGAGUGACAUCGUUGAGGACCCCACCAUUUUGCGGCAGGUCAGCUUUGAAGCGCUGCAGGAGAUGCGCGGCAAGAUCAAGGACAAUGAGGACAAGUGGCAAGAUGAUCUGACUAAAUGGAAGAACCGACGCAGAAGUGUCAAUUCUGACAUCGUAAAGAAGAAGGAGGAACGUGAGCAGAUUGAGCAACUCACCAGUGGGCAGGGAACCCGGACUUACAAGACCUUCAGCGACAUGCAGGAGGAGAGAGGGAGCAGAAGACUGAUUGAUGAUAGCAGUGACCAGUUUCCUAAACUCAGAAAUCCUCUGGCCCGCAGUUACACUGUGGACAGUUCCUAUGCCUCUGCAAACAUCUCCCAGUCUGUGCCCCAGUCUGUGCCCCAGUCUGUGCCCCAGUCUGUGCCUGACGUACAGAAAUGGGCUAGACACUCAUCAGGAGGUUCCAGUGCCCUCUUGGAGAAUGCCGAUGCCCCGUUUGGGCAGGAGGAAAACAGACGUGCUCCAGCAAAGUCCUUGGACCUUCCAAAGAUAUCUGCCCCUGUGCAUUUGUCCUCAGCCGGGGAAGAGAAACUCACUGGAGGAAUACCUAAGAGAGCUACUCCCACCAAGUUGUCCCCUUCCCCGUUUUCCGCCUGGGCCGACUCCAGCACCAUCAAGAAUACCAACUCUGACCAUUCCAGCUGGACCAACAGCUCAUUUGAAGAGAAGAGCAAUGAGAGCAAAUCUGACAAGCCGUCAGAAGUACGGAACAGUUACUACAAAGACAGUUCGACAGACGGAAAAGCAGGAGUCUCUCAGGUCACUGCAUCCCUCCCCAGGAGCUACCAGCGGUCCGACAGCCUGCGGAUCACAUCUGUGGUUGCUCCCAGGCCUUUUGGGAGCCCGUCCAGCAAAGUUUCCUACAUGCCAAGAUCCUACACUAUGGACGAUUCAUACAGAUUCCCUAAUGGGGAGAGAGUCCAGAAAUCAUCCGGACCCAACCAGCAUAGUCCAGUGACGGUACCUGAAGACGAGACUCACUCACAGUCCAGUGAUAACGAAGAAGAGGAAAAUGAUGAGGAAGAGGACAAUGUUGACAGUGUCCACCAGACUGCCAGUGAUUUCAACCGGGCUAAAGUGGUGACACAACCCAAGGGUAUCUCAGAGAGCAGCUCCUCACAGGAGCAAUACAGUGAGAUGAGAAUCAGCCUGAACCAGAGACCGAACAGCAGUCGUGACUUUGGCUUCCAGACUGACUGGGAUUCCACUGGCGUGCAUGUGAAAAGCAUCCAGCCUGGCAGCCCUGCAGAAAUGUGUCACCUGCAGUUGGGCGAUGAGAUCCUGACUGUAAGCGGGCAGCCAGUGUCCGACAUGAGCUACUUGCAGUGGAAGGGCAACAUGGAGAAAGCCCUACAGCAGGGGAGUCUAGUCAUCGACAUCCGGCGUCAUGGCAACAAUAACUGGGACAGAGACCUGCCUUCUCUGCCAUUUAAAAGCCAUAAAACCAUCAAUCUGACCAGUAUGGAUGCAUCACGUAUUGAUCCUUCAGAAACUUCCAUCAAAACUGCAGAUGUGAGCAGUAAGCCUAUUAAUGACAAAGCAUAUAAGGGGUUGAAUGGUGGUUUCCGGAAUGAGUCACUGACCAAGACAAGCACAGAAUUCGAUCCCAUCUCUGUGAAAAACUCAAAAAGGAGAUCUGAGUUUUUUGAGAAUCAAGCAUCGUGGGCCUACCUUUGCGGUGGUGCGGAAUCUGCAAUAUCAGAUCUGCCGGUUCCCCCUCCUCGGAUCUCCUCCAACCGCUGGACCUGGAACCUCGAGGAGGAACAGCAGAGGCAGGAAAAAUGGCAGAGAGAGCAGGAGCGCCAGCUACAGGAAAAAUAUAAGCAAGACAAGAAGAUGCUUCAGGAAGAGUGGCAGCGUGCCCAGUUGGAAGCAGUGAAAACAGACUCUCCAUAUUACACAGAGGAGAACCGUCAGUCAGACGAGGAAGUGCAGAAGGCUGAGAGGCAGAAGAGGCAGCGGGAGGAGAAACAGAGGCAGGAGGCUGAGCGAAAAAGGAGGGAAGAGGAAGCUCUAAGGAGGCAGAGACAGCAGGAGGAGGAAGAACAGCGACAGGAGGCUGAACGAAAAAGGAGGGAAGAGGAAGCUCUAAGGAGGCAGAGGCAGCAGGAGGAGGAACUGAGGCUGGAGGCUGAACGAAAAAGGAAGGAAGAGGAAGCUCUAAGGAGGCAGAGGCAGCAGGAGGAGGAACUGAGGCUGGAGGCUGAACGAAAAAGGAGACAGGAGGAACUUCUAAAGAGGCAGAGGCAGCGGGAGGAGGAGGAACAGCAGAGGUUCCAGGAACAAAACCAGUUCAGUGAGUUUUCCAGCAGAUCCCCUCAGAACUAUUACUCUCUCAGGGAAAAGUCUAAAUCUACUCCAGAGCUUGAUGAAAUAGACAAACCAGACAGAAGAGUCAGCGGCGCCUCGAGCGAGGCCGUGUGGAGCAGGAGCUCCCAGAAGAGCAGGGAUUCCCUGUCUAAAGGUGACCUCGAGCGCCAGCAGAUCCUGCAGCAGAUGAGGAAGACGACUCAACUCAACACGGACAACAGCUGGAUCCGUCAGCAGAAUGCCUCUGUGCAGAAAGAGCCAGUGAUCCUGGCUGAACCCGUCAGGAGCAACCUACAAUCAGCACCCUUACAACGAGGAUACACACUCCCCGCUUACUCCACUGGCUUGCCGAGAGAUUCCUCCUCCGGCACUCUCACGCCAGCUGCUGGCUGCAGUGAUGAUUCCACCCCUGAAUCUCGCGCCCCGCUGAGCAGGUUAGUCAGCGGGAGGAAAACCUGCACGUCUUGUGAGAACCCGCUGGGCAGAGGAGCAGCCAUGAUCAUCGAGUCCCUGGGGCUCUGUUACCAUUUGAGUUGUUUUAAGUGCAUUCAAUGCAGAACUGACCUCGGUGGAUCGGAGAUCGGAACUGAAGUCAGAAUAAGAAACAAACGUCUCUAUUGUAAUUCCUGCUAUAAUCAAAUAAAGAAUGAGAACUAGCCUUCCUAACACACAGACACACGCGCACACACACACACACACACACACACACACACACACACAUUAUUUGAAUUCAUUUAUAUUGUCAAUGUACUGUACAUAUACCCAACAGGUAGGUGUAAGGCUUUAACUGAAUACUUUAAUCCAGCAGAAUUCUGAAAUGCGUCUUCUGUGAGAAUUUUGGUGUUUUGGGGAUCAGGCCUGUAGAAUUACAUUACAGAUAUAACCAGCUCCAGUUUAUUAUUGAUAGCAAGUAAUUUAUUUAAACCUCAGAUCACUGCAUACAAGAUAAGGUGGUGUGACUAUAAAUAAUCAUAUUCCGACUGGUAACUUCUGUUAGAUUUAAGAGCAGUGAAACUUCAAACACAUCGUAGCUAAGUGGGUAUAUCUUUUUCAGUCCUACAUUUGAAUAAAUCUGUUUUCAUAUAUUCUAUCUGGACUACAUGCAAAAUAUGAGUUUAAUCAUUUUUAUUGGUAAACAUAAAACAAAAAUCACCCGUUCACUCAUCAAACAAAAGCUGUAUUGUUCUUCAACACUGUAUUUUCCUUCCUUUACUUGGACAGAAACUACAAAAAGACAUUUAUAUGACUUUAAGCACAGGUGUAGUGAACAAUAAGUAAAUUAAUAUAUGGUUUAUCAUUCUUCAAGCUAUGAUGCUUACAUGAUUUUUAUGAAAGUUACAGAGCUUCUUUUACUUUGGAUUAAAAGGGUGCUGUUUUUAUAUCAAAGGAUGAUACACUUAUGGUCUAAGGCAUACCGGGAUUGUAUCUAGAUUUUCUCUGAAACAAUGUAUGAAUAAUAACUUAUGUGAAAGCAGUCUGGGCACCAUAUUGCAGAGUAGCAAUGCUGGUUAUUGAGGUGUUAAAACAUGUAGUUAUAUAUUUUUAUCUGCCCAGGGUCUCUUAUUUUUGUUAUCUAUUUUUGCUAUAUAAAUAAAACUAAAAAGUGCCUUCUUUGGGUUGGUGAAAGAAAACAAUAAAUAAUAUGGUGCAUUUAACUGGCAUUCA